AGCUCGGUAGAAGUAUGUUCUCCUCUAAGAAUUACGCGAUCUUUUCGGUUUUGCUUAUCUUAGSCGUAUYACCAAGUGAAACCUAYCGAAAGGGCGAUCACGAGCUACAGCGCACAUAUGAAGAYGGCCAUUCUGGAGAGAUUACCAUAACWACGAGGUUUCCGUUUUUCAGCAAAACGUUUGACUCGUUGUAUGUAAACGCAAAUGGUGUUGUGUCUUUUAACGUGACGGUCACGCAGUUCACACCAAGUCGUUUUCCUCUACGUGAUGGACGUACWAUGAUUGCUCCUUUCUGGGCGGAUGUGGACAUUCGAAAGACGGGUAAUGUGUUUUAUGGCGAAUGUACAAACAAAGACACGUGCUUGAAAGAAGCUACAGAAGACGUGAAAAAAGCAUUUCCAGGGCAGUUCACAAACUUCGCAGCAACAUGGACUUUUGUGACAACUUGGGAAAAAGUACCGUUUCUUGGAAAACCGGAUUCUAAGCCAAAUGCAGUUAACACG